AUGUCUACAUCAUCUUAUGGUGCUAGAUUUGCUUUUAUUCAAAUUUCGACUGAAGCUGGAUUAAAUUUUUAUACAGAAAUAUCAGUCUUAAAUAGCAAUCGUGGAAGUAAUAUAGGAUACAAUGGAAUAUGCGUCGAUUCUGGGAAAUUCGCUUUUACAAGGAAUAACUUAACAAAAAAUUGCUGCGAAUUUAACUCUGCAUUAGGUACUCAUGCAGCACCAGGCUUUGUAAAUUUUACAUUAUUUGAUCAAAACAAAGCAGCCAAAAGAAUUAUUACUCAAGAUUCUGCCAGUGUAUAUCGUAGCAUAAUAGUUACAAACAAUACAGUAUCUGAAAGCGAUCCUGAAUAUCCAGGAAUGAUAAAUUAUGCUAAUGGAAACAUUCUUGUCGAAAAUUGUUAUUUUGCAAAUAACAAUCAAGGUGAAGAUUCUUUGCUUGGAAUGAAUUAUGCAAAUAUUACUCUUUCAAAUUGUUUGAUUGUCUCUGAUAGUUCAAAGAUUUAUUCAGGUGUUGGAACAUUUUCAUCAGAUAAACCUGAAACCCCACAGAUGAUUUUGGAUUUGUUCUCAACAGAGCAUUGUCCAAGACACGUUUAUGGAUUUAAUACAAAAUUAUUCAGUACAACUCGCUUAAAUCCAUGUUCUUUGUUUAUCAGUAAUUUCACAGGUAAAAGUAAAUGUCAUAAGCCAAAAGUUUUUCCUUAUAAUAAAUCGUCUAAAUCAUAA